AUGCACUUUGACUCAUCUGAUCUGUGUACUCAUAUAAUACACAUCAUUUCACAUAAAUACCACACUCUGGUUUUAUCAACUUCUGCCGCUCGCAGCAGCAGCAGCAACAGCAACAGCAGCAGAUUUGUGUGUCUGCAUGUGCGACUGUGUGCAUGUGUGAGUGUGUAUGCGACUGUGAGAGGGCGCGUCAGAGGAAAAAGGAAGUUGCGGGAUGAAGUUAAAAGCCUUCGACACAGUGCAGCUCUGCAGAACACCCACCACGGAAGAAAGGCAGAACGAGCGCGUCGAAGUCUGGCAAUGAGAUAAUGAAAGGAAGACAGGGAGGUGAACAUAGAGAAAGAAGACACAGAAGUUCCAGGAGACAGUGAAGGGAACAAAGAUGGAGUUGUGGCGGCAGUGUGCGAUGUGGUUGAUUGACUGUAGAGUUCUUCCAGAUAACCACCGGGUAACAUGGGAGGGUGCCCAGGUGUGUGACCUGGCUCAAGCUCUGAGAGAUGGCGUGCUGCUCUGCCAGUUGCUCAACAACCUGCUGCCUCAGUCCGUCAACCUGAGAGAGAUCAACCUGCGUCCACAGAUGUCCCAGUUCCUGUGCCUGAAGAAUAUCCGGACAUUUCUGGGAGUUUGUCAGACGAGGUUUAAUCUAAAAAAGAAUGAACUGUUUGAGGCCUUUGACCUGUUCGACGUUCGAGACUUUGGCAAGGUCAUAGAGACACUGUCCAUCCUCUCUCAUUCAUCCAUUGCUACGCAAAGAGGACUUCAGCCUUUUCCUUUGGGAGGAUGCACUCCUGAUGAUGAGAUCUACAGCGGCCUGUCAGACCAGAUAGACGACACGGUAGAUGAGGACGAUGACUUAUACGACUUUGUGGAGGACGAGGAGAACGAAGGCGGUGAGAUCUAUGAAGACUUGAUGAGGACAGAGGAACACCCUGAAACUCAGCAGAAGACUGGAGUAGACAAACGAGAGUGCUGCCUGCAGGAGAUCAGACAGACAGAAGAGAAAUACUCUGAUACACUGGAGUCUAUAUUACAGCACUUUAUGAAGCCUCUUGAAAAGUUUCUCCAUGCGCAAGACAUUGAGAGUAUCUUCAUCAACAUAGAGGAUCUGGCCAACACCCACCGUAUAUUGCUGGCGGAGAUCCGCACUUCCAUCCUAACUUAUGGAGCCAAGAACCUGCACCAGGUGUUUCUAAACUACAAGGAGAGACUGUUACUGUAUGGUCAUUACUGCAGUCAGGUGGAAACGGCAACAAAACACCUCGACAAGCUUUCAAAUAUGAGGGAGGACAUCAGAAUGAAACUGGAGGAGUGUUCAAACAGAGCAAACAGCGGGCGUUUUUCUCUCAGAGAUUUACUCAUGGUCCCUAUGCAGCGGGUCCUCAAAUAUCACCUGCUGCUACAGGAGCUGGUAAAGCACACCACGGACCCUGCAGACAAGGAUAACCUCCGCACAGCUCUCGAUGCCAUGAGAGACCUGGCGCAGUGUGUGAACGAGGUUAAACGAGACAAUGAGAUCAUCAGACAGAUCACCACCUUCCAGCUGUCCAUUGAAAAUCUGACACAGUCUUUAGCUCUCUACGGUCGCCCCAAGAUCGACGGAGAGCUGAAGAUCUGCACCCCGGAGAAAAAGUCUAAACAGGACAGGCACGCGUUCCUCUUCGACAAGGCCAUGUUUGUGUGUAAGAAGAAGAGCGGAGAGACGUUCGAGCUGAAGGAGAUCAUUGAACUACAGAACUACCAGAUACGAGAUGAAACCACGGGAGAAAAGGAGAAUAAGAAGUGGUCCCAUUUGUUCCUUCUGCUGGACUGCUAUGGGAGGUGUGGGUACGAUUUGUUCUUCAAAACCAGAGAACUGAAGAAGAAAUGGCUGGAGCAGUUCGAGAUGGCUCUGUCGAACAUGAGUCCAGAGAACUCGACAGCCAACAACCAUGACUUCCAGAUGCACUGCUUUGAGGAGACCACCUCGUGCAAGGCCUGUGCCAUGCUGUUAAGGGGGACAUUUUUCCAGGGCUAUCGCUGCACACGCUGCAAAAUGGCUGCACAUAAAGAGUGUUUAGGCAGAGUCCCUGCCUGUGGGCGAAACUCAGAUCAUGCUGGUACUAUGAAGAAGAAUAGACCGCAGAGGUCCUCCGGACAUUCCAGCGUUGGAUUCCCUAAGAUGGAGGUGUGUCAAGAGUAUUAUGGUUUGCCACCACCUCCUGUGGGCUUCGGCCAACCGCUUCACCUCUCCAAAGGUGAUAUUAUCGAGCUGACCCGAGCCGAUGCUGACCUGCCUUGGUGGGAGGGAAGGAACCUGACUGUUGGAAAUGUGGGAUGGUUCCCCUUCCAAAAAGUUCAGCCCUACCUCUCUAGGCCGACCCCAGACCUGUCUAGCUUCCACUGGUUCGCGGGCAACAUGGACAGAACGGCUGCCAAAAACCUGCUGAUCUCCCGGUCUGAUGGGACCUUCCUUGUGCGACAGAAAGAUGGUGGAGAGUUUGCUAUCAGCAUCAAAUUCAACUUGGACAUCAGACACAUUAAGGUCACAUCCUCUGACGGCCUGUACCGCAUCAAUGAGAAAAAGGCGUUCAAGGGUUUAAUCGAGUUGGUUGAGUUUUACCAGCAGAACUCUUUGAAGGAGUACUUCAAGGAGGUGGACACCACGCUGCGAACACCUUACAAACAACCAGAGGAAAGCAACUCGGCUAACAGCACGCCAAACAGCACGCCAGGAGGCAGCGUGAGGUGUUUCGGUAUAGCGAGGGCCAGGUACGACUUCUCAGCCAGGGACCGUUCAGAGCUGUCGCUGCAGGAAGGAGACACCAUCAAGAUCCUCUCCAAGAAGGGUCACAGCGGUUGGUGGAAAGGCGAGGUGUAUGGUCGGGUGGGGUUCUUUCCAGCAAACUAUGUGGAGGAGGACUACUCUGACUACUGCUGACGUGGCUCCACAGGAGAUGUGUAGACGCUGUAUGUGUAUAUACUACAUACUAUACUGUAUGUGUAGGAUGUAUCUGUGUGAUGCCUGGUUUCCCCUGAUUGCAUUAACCCGUAUGCACGAGUGUGGCUGUGAACAUGUGAGAGAGGUUACUUGUGAUCUAAUGACUGUCUAGUGAUGUGAAUAAAACUUUUUGUUCAGCUGA